CAUCGCGAUUAGUAUUAAACACGGUUAUUUCAUAUUUGUCGAUUAUAAAACUAUGAAAUUCACACGAUAAUUUACACAGUUAACACGUUGACAAUAAUUAUAGUAAAAUUUUUACAAUCAUCGUGUGUAGGAAAUCGGUUUAUAAAAAUACUAAGAAAUGUCAGUACUUAUUCAAAAUAUUCAAAACAGUUGGGGAUGGGUAGAACGAAAUACUGAUCCUAGAAUUAAAGAUUUAUGGUUAAUGGGUUCAAUAUGGCCGAUAACCUUUAUUGUGAUUAUUUACUUAUAUUUUGUUCUUAAAAUUGGACCGGAAUUAAUGAGAUAUCGUAAUCCUUUCAACAUUGACCGCAUUGUUUUGGUAUAUAAUGCCGUUCAAGUUUUUUUAUCAUUUUACGUGGUAAAAGAGAUAUUUAAAGUAUUAUGGCUGCAAGACGAAUACCGAUUUUUUUGCGUUGAAGUCACUAAAACUGAUGAUGAUUUAGCAAAAAAACAAAUUUUCCUUGUUUGGAUGGCACUUAUGAUAAAAUUACUUGACCUUCUAGAUACCAUUUUUUUCGUUUUACGAAAAAAACAAAAUCAAGUGACAUUUUUACAUGUUUAUCAUCAUGCCAUGGUCGUAACACUCGGUUGGGUAUGUUGUAAUUUUUUUCCAGGAGGACAAGUUGCGUUUUUUGGAACCGUAAAUGGAAUGGUGCAUGUAGUAAUGUACAGCUACUACUUCUUGACUCUUUUAAAUCCUGAAUACAAGAAAGCAUGGUGGAAAAAAUAUUUAACAUUGUUGCAACUGAUUCAAUUUGUAGUAACUGGUAUCCAUGCUUUGAUUUCAUUAUUUGAACCAAAUUGCGACUUCCCUCGAAUCAUUCUGAUGGUUGCAAUACCUCAAGAUAUAUUUAUGUUUAUUUUGUUCUGGGACUUUUAUAAAAAAUCUUAUAUUAAUACAAAUAAGAAUAAGCAAGCAUGA